GGCAAAGAAAAAAAGUCGCGGAGAAAGAGAGAAAAUCACGCCGAAGCAGACUGGAAAGUUGGACGAAACCACAAACAACCGUCAAGAGGAGCAGAAGACAAUAUGGCUCCUGCGCGCGGUGGCCAUCAUGGCAAAACGAACAAGCCUGUCCGCACGACAGCAAGGACCCUGAAGCGCAAGCGUGGUGAGGAGGAACUCGAGUCGCUCAACCAGCGCGUGGAGGAGCUGGAUCCCAAGAACAGACUCGAGUCGUUUUCCGAACUGCCUCUCUCUGAACCCACGGCUGCUGGACUGGAGGCCUCUCACUACAAGGCCCUGACGGAUAUUCAGUCUCGUGCGAUUCCAUAUGCGCUCAAGGGCCGCGAUAUUCUGGGAGCUGCAAAGACCGGUAGUGGUAAGACGCUUGCGUUCAUCGUCCCGAUGCUCGAGAACCUAUAUCGCAAAAGAUGGACCGAAUAUGAUGGACUUGGCGCUCUGAUCCUCUCCCCGACCCGUGAAUUGGCUAUCCAGAUCUUCGAAGUCCUCCGGAAAGUCGGACGAAACCAUACUUUGUCUGCAGGUCUGGUCAUUGGUGGAAAGAGUCUGAAGGAAGAACAAGAAAGAUUGGGAAGGAUGAAUAUCCUGGUCUGCACGCCCGGACGAAUGCUGCAGCAUCUGGACCAGACGGCCUCGUUCGAUACGUACAAUCUCCAGAUGCUGAUCCUAGAUGAAGCGGAUCGGAUUAUGGACAUGGGUUUCCAGCACACCGUUGACGCUAUUAUCGAUCACCUGCCCAAGGAACGACAGACGAUGCUUUUCAGCGCUACGCAGACGAACAAAGUCUCGGAUCUCGCACGGCUGAGUCUGCAGGACCCCGAGUACGUUGCGGUCCAUGAGACUGCUUCUAGUGCAACACCGUCGACUCUGCAGCAACACUACGUCGUCACGCCACUGCCUCAGAAGUUGGAUACCCUGUGGAGUUUCAUCCGCAGCAACUUGAAAUCCAAGACGAUUGUGUUCUUCUCGUCGGGAAAGCAAGUGCGGUUUGUCUACGAAUCCUUUAGACACAUGCAGCCGGGUAUCCCAUUGUUGCAUUUGCACGGACGUCAAAAGCAAGGAGGAAGACUAGAUAUCACAGCCAGGUUUUCAGCGUCGAAGUCCUCCGUUCUAUUUGCUACGGAUGUCGCAGCACGAGGAUUGGACUUUCCUGCGGUGGACUGGGUUAUUCAGGCUGAUUGCCCUGAAGAUGCGGAUACUUACAUUCAUCGAGUUGGCCGUACGGCGCGCUACGAACGUAACGGACGUGCGGUUCUGUUCCUGGAGCCUAGCGAGGAAGAGGGGAUGCUGAAGCGCCUGGAGCAGAAGAAGGUGCCUAUCGAGCGCAUCAAUAUCAAGGCGAAGAAGCAGCAGAGCAUCAAGAACCAGUUGCAGAACAUGUGUUUCAAGGACCCGGAGUUGAAGUACUUGGGUCAAAAGGCGUUCAUCUCUUACGUCAAGUCGGUCCACAUCCAGAAAGACAAGGAAGUCUUCAAGGUCAAGGAGCUGCCCUUGGAGGAAUUCGCUGCUAGCUUGGGUCUACCCGGUGCUCCUCGAAUCAAGUUCAUCAAGGGAGAGGACACCAAGUCAGCCAAGAACAAGCCGCGAGCGCUGAGAGAAUUGUCCAGCAGCGGCGAGUCAGAUGAGGAGGGUGACAAGAAGAAGGAGAAGGAGAAGAAGGUCCGUACGAAGUACGAUCGUAUGUUCGAGCGACGCAACAUGGACGUUCUGGCGGAACAUCACACCAAGCUGAUCAACGAUGACGGAACGGCCGUUGAUGGAGCAGCGGAGGAUGAGGAGGAUGAUGAGGAUUUCCUCUCUGUCAAGCGCCGCUUCGAUGCCGGCGACAAGCAGCUCGACGAUGCCGUCUCGAAUCUCAACAUCAAAGACAAGGACGUCAAGGUGGUUAAUCUCAGCGGUAAUGAGCCGCUCAUCAUCGACUCUAAGCGCCGUGAAAAGCUUCUAAAAUCCAAGAAGAAACUGCUCAAGUACAUGGGCAAGGGAACCAAGCUCAUCUACGACGAAGACGGCAACCCUCACGAGGUCUACGAGCUAGAGGACGAGGAGAAGUUCAGGGCAGCAGGAGCACCAGAGGAACAACGUGCCAAGUUCCUCGAAACCGAAGCCGAGAGGACCCAGCGGGCAGAUCUCGAGGACAAGGAGAUCGCCAAACAGAAGCGCAGGGAGAAGAAGGAGAAACGCAAGGCGCGCGAGCGCGAAUUGGCUAUGGCGGAAGAAGAAACCGAACCGGUUGCCACGCUGGCCCCAUUCGAAGGCGAGGAUGGAGCAGAGGCAGACCACAUGUCAUCCGAAGAGGAAGAAGAACGACACCCUCCGGCCAAGAAGCAGAAGAAGUGGUUCCAAGAUGCUUCCGAAGACGAAGACCAAGCACGCGGCUCCAAGGGAAAGAAAGGCAAAAACCAGCGUGCGGAGCCGAUGGAAGUCGAGACAUUGGAGGAUCUCGAAGCUCUCGCUACCGGACUACUUGGUUAGAGAUGACGGGAUUAAAAACCAUUGUCGGUCCGACAUAUCCCUCCUCCCUGCUAGCCUUUUCUUUUUUCUUUCUUUCUACUUGUAUGGCGUACAUUUGUUGUAUUUACUCGCUGUCGAUAUAUCCCUCUGUUGUGCAUAUUAGCGUUUGCGGACGGCAUAUUCAUCUCAUGGAGAGGAAGGGAAAAGUUAUCAGUUAUUUAUAGGGGUUAAUUGUCUAUAAACCAGAACAUUUGCAUCAAUUUGCCAUGUCUUUCUAGUCUUCGAUUGUAUCCCCGAACUCACUACAGUUAGAGCGUAUGUUCCUGAAGAUGCAAUCUUUGGUGACCUUUUUGCCAUAUUCAAUAUUCUGGGGCCCAUCUUGGGCUAUAGUCCCGUCGCAC